UUGAUCAACACGUUACCACCUGACUUGUUUAAAAGUCCCAGUUUGUGGUUCAUUGGUUAGAUGCUGUCUCAGUUUCCAGGAAGCGCAGAACACCGACUGAAGUACUUCCCUGAACUCUGAUUAAAGAUGUCUGGCCGUGGUAAGAAAGUUGCACCCAAACAAAAGACCUCAGUGUCCCGGUCUUCCAGAGCAGGGAUCACUUUCCCAGUGGGCCGCAUCCACAGGCUGCUCAAGAAGGGCCGAUAUGCCCAGCGUGUGGCCAAUGGCGCUGCAGUGUACCUCGCCGCCGUCCUGGAGUACCUCUGCGCUGAAAUCUUGGAGCUGGCAGGAAAUGCCAGCCGUGACAACAAGAAGCACCGCAUCGCUCCUCGCCACAUCUUGCUGGCGGUGAAAAAUGACGAGGAGCUCAACAUACUGCUGGCAGGGGUCACUAUCUCAGAGGGUGGCGUCAUCCCCAACAUCCAGGCAACCCUUCUCCCCAAGAAAACCAAGAUCUCCAAAGAUGACAGCACUGCCAAAGACGUUCAGUCUCAAGAUUUUUAAUUGUGAAUGUACAAAGUUUUACUAUUAUUAAACUAUUAUGUUUUUA